AUGGUGGGAAUCACAGCUUACAAGGAGGACCAGCAGAGUCGCGAGAAGGCUCGACAUCUUCAGGGCAUUGUGCAAGCAAACCUCGUGAACUUUGUCGCACCAGCACUCAUAAAAGCUGAGCACCAGGCUGCCAUGCUGAAGGUCACGCAGCACUCCCUGGCAGACGUGCAGAAUGUGGCCGUGUUGCUUGCCCCCUUGUUUUCCUACAAGAAAAAUGGGAGGUACAACGAGGAGAAAGCGGUGCUCCAGCGUGUGUCCAUGACCGGCGCACAAAUGGAUCGGGUAUUCAGCUUGAUCUUCAAUGACAAGCUUGAUGAUCGUGAUGAUAGGCCACUGGUGUACCCCGGGCAUCUCCUUACGUCCCCGUCCGUCGAUUUGCAGGCCAGUGGAAGUUUCUUGUGGAAGAAGGCGGCCCUAUUCCGCCGCUCCCGCACAAAUGAAGCAAACCAGUUGUCCGGAAAAGACAUGAUUAUCAUGGAGCAAGUGGGCGAGUCAGUGUUACCCGGCUCAACUUCUGUCGAGAUGGCCACCACCGUCAAAGGCGCAAUGAAGUGGGCACAAAUCGGCGCUGACGCCGCGAUGAAGCUUCUGCAUGCCCUCUUGGAGUCUCGGUUUGUUCACCAGUAG